AUGGAUGAUUGUUCCUCAUCCAAGAUUCCUAUGGCCUUUGGAUAUAAGAUUUAUGCUGAUCCUUUCGGAGAAUCAGCGGAUCACAAAACUUAUAGAGGAAUGCUUGGUUCUUUGAUUUGCCUCACUGCAAGCAGACCAGAUAUUGUCUUUGCAACAGGAUUAUGUGCCAGAUACCAACCCGACCCCAAAGUAUCACACUUAACCGUAGUCAAACAGAUCUUCAGAUACUUGAAACGAAACAAAGCUCUCGGCCUAUGGUAUCCUACAGGGAACGACUUCAGUCUUCAAGCCUUUAUAGAUGCGGAUCAUGCUGGAUGCAGAUUGGAUAGGAAAAUCACUUUAGGUGGUUGUCAAUUUCUUGGAGGAAGACUGGUUAGCUGGUCUUCACAGAAACAAAAUUGUGUUUCUUUAUCUACUGAAGAAGCUGAAUAUGUGGACGCAGCUAGUUGCUGUUCUUAA